AUGUGCCAUUACCCAGAACAACCAGCUCCUCAAGUCUUUGCUCCUGGACCCGGAAGUGGACCUCGAUACAACUAUGGACCACAAUCUCAAGGCGGCCCUCCCUCGGACAAUUCCACAGAGACCUCAGAGACUACUCUUGUAGAUAACUUCUCUAACAAUGGAAGAGGUGUUCCAGGCAGCACAAAUGCUCCUAGAAACUUGAGACCCGGCUACCAACCUCCCACCCAGUCCUCGAUGACUCAUAACAAUAUGGGAUUUAACUAG